CUCACAUGACCUACGUUACACAUGGCUGCGGUAAUAAAGCGCAGUUCCGUACGGCUGUCUUAGAAAUCUGUUUUGGGUUAUUAAAGCGGAGAUUGGGUUCUUAAUUAUAUCAUGUAUAGCGUUGCCAGGACAACGUGUCUGCGACUCUCUGUUCCUGUGACACCCCGUAGCGCGACGCUUCCCCUUUGCAGUGUGAGCCGCGGGGUGUGUUCCAGUGCACAGAGACUCCAGGAGGCUGCAGAGAGCUCUGCCAGCACCGCUCCAGCUAAGACUUCAAGAGAGUUCAGUGUUUUCCCCCCACUCCCCGGACAGGAGAGCCUGCUGCGAUGGGGUGGUAAGAAGUAUGAGGAGCUGCCCAUAGCGCACAUUAAAGCAACCUACAACAACACACACAUUCAGGUGACAGACCACCUGGGACAGUACAUGGUCAGGACCUCCUGCGGCACGGAGGGGUUCAAAAACGUCAAGAAAGGCACCCCGGUCGCUGCUCAGACUGCAGGGAUCUCCGCUGCUGCGAAGGCGCUGGUUAAAGGCGUGUCCUUCGUGCGUGUGGUGGUGAAGGGUCUAGGGCCGGGACGGAUGUCUUCCAUCAAAGGUUUAACAAUGGGCGGGCUGGAGGUCGUGUCCAUCACAGACAACACCCCCAUUCCGCACAACGGCUGCCGCCCACGCAAGGCUCGAAGGAUGUGAAGUGGCGAGAGAGACCAUUUGCUCUUGGUCCUCUCAACAAUGCUCUUGGACCUCAUUAACCCUGCAACCCUGUUCACAAUCAUAGAAUAAAGAUUUCAGUUUUUUUUUUUUUUCUAACCUCCUUGGCUUUCGGUUGGUCAUCAGAGAGUAUGUGGAUAGUGGGACAGGUUUCCCUUUGUCUUUUAGCAUGCUGGCUAUGUACAUUGGUGUACACCGAUCACACCUACACCACUUGUUCAAGCCUGGUCAUUACAAUGGAAAUAACACCACAAAAAACAAUCCACGGGGAAAACAAAAAAAGCACAAGAUUUUAUUCACUAUGUUUCAUCAAAAGGUGAAAUACAUUGCCUGAUACAUUGACUUGAGAAAUCUUUUUCAUUGAAUUCAGUUACUUUCAGUAUUCUGUGGAGCUGUAAAGCAAGUUUGAAGAUGACAUUGCCUCUUCUCCAGUGGUUCAGAGUUUCACAGCCUGUGUAAUAAGAAGUGUUAGUCAAUGCAUAUUACAGCAGUUACCGGUCCUGUAUUUUUACCUGCUGCAUAUCUCUAAUCAGAUCAGGGUUCUGGAGGUGUGUCUGUUAAGGGUGACAUGCAUGAAGUUUAUAAAACAAGGGCACUGGGGUCUACAGCGAAUUCAAUUCUGACGGCUGCAGGGCUAUCCCAGCCUGUACUCCUAGGCAUUGAAGACGAGGGUUGAGGGUAGAAUAAAAAAAUAAAUAAAAAAUGUCUUUGUUUAACCACCAGCCAGGGAUCAAUGUAACCCCAUCUCCUGCUCGCUUCCAAGAGACGACAAGGAAAAAAAUAAAACAUUUCCAUUUAGGACUGCUGCCCUUUCCCAGGAUUACAUCAGGCACUUUGUUGCCAUGACAACAGCAAUUAGCAGGAACUGAGUUUCCAGGCAGGCUGUGGAUAUAGUAACCAUGACAACCUAGGUCAGGCCAGCACUGUACAUCUGCCUUUGCACUAGCCACUUCACAAAGCAGCAGCAGCAGUGUUGUAGGGAGGGGGCUGAUGUGAUCAGAUACACUGAUUAAACACAAGCAUAUGCUUUGCAUUGCAUUUGCACACUGGGUGUUGUUUUCUGGCUUGAUAUAAAUCACGUUCAGUCACGGAGCAAAUAUGCCACAGGUUGAAACACUUACCAAAAACCCUUCACACUGUUUCCACACAGGAAAAGGUCUACUUACCCGCUUACUUAGAUAUUGCACUUCGGGGGUAUGAUGCUAAGCACAAGAAAUGUUACAAAAGCCAUCAAUGCAUACAGAACUGCUCAAGUGUUAAAUCUGCGUUUGAAAGCUACAGUCAGACCCGUAGCUGUAGAACGACCUCCUGACCAUUGUGGCUACAGAGAUGAACUCCCACCCACAUACAUAUAUAUACACACAUAUAUACUGGUGUUAGCAAAAGUUUGAAUCCAUUUAUUACCCCUUAGUAGCACUAGGAAUAUCUCAAAGGCCUUAAUAAAAUACAACUUGUUGCAGAGGGAGACAAAUAGGAACAGGUUUGCAGUAGGUCUAAAUCAUGAAUUUUCAGUUAAAAAUAAAACACAGUUUGCCUUUUAACAAAGAAAAUAACUUGUUGGAUCCAAUAAAAGCCCCAAUUUGUCUUGUAAAAUUAUUUUUACUGACCCUCAAAAGUGACCUCUUACAAGAUUUAAAACAGCAUGCACUGAAAAGAAGUGCAUUCAGAUUAUAAUAGAUACAGAAUAAGAAAGCAGAUAUGAAAAAGGCUUUUAUGUAAGGGAAGCAAUUGUUCUCUCCUAUUCAGAUCUCCAGUGUUCUCUGCUUCAACACAUAACAAUGUAAAAACACUUCAAUCAACACUUUAAAUCAGUUCAGGUGCCUAAAAGUCAUUAGAAAUGACGAAAGGGCACUAAAUCAAUGAAAGACAAUAAUUAUAGCACUUAACUGAAUUAAAAUGCUCACUGAAAUAAAUGCAAUUUAGACAGCUAGUUUCUUAACAACCAGAGGUCAAUUAUGAACUUGGUUUUGAAAAUGGAUUUUCUUGGAUAUGCUGUUCAGCGCAUUGUUCCUGUGAUUCAGGGCUCGAUGAGAACGGUUUGUAAAUGGGGUUAAUGUUCUCAGUGCAGGCAGAGUGAGCACCUAACCCACCAAUACACAUGUACAGGACUUCAAGACUGCUGUGAUCAGUUCGCUGAACUUUUGAAAUUUCAAUUUUUUUCCCCCAAAAACCACAAGAAUUGUUGAUUCCAUGUAAACAUGACGAUUGCCACUCACAAUUUCCCCUUCAGAAGGUGUGCUUUAAAGUGUAGGCUCAGCAAAAAGAACUCACACCUGAGUGAGGCCCUGCUGGGAACUGAUCAAUAAUCAAUCAAUAACAGUACAUUCUAAUAAUGAGCUCAACUGUGCAUGCAUGUUCCAAAGAACUGUCAUGUGACUACAAAAACAGCCCCUCACCCACUCAGAUUGAAAGCAUGCAUCUCAUAUUCGUUCUUUAUAUUCACAUAUACACACAUACCCCUAUUGAAACUCGUGGUUUCGGAUACUCAAUCAAUCAUUUAGCUGUCAGAUAGUACCGCUUCUUAUCAGUUCAUUACAUUUCAAAGACAAUGCAAGUUUCAUCAAAUCUGAGCCUUCUGCACCUGUCUGCGUGUUAUCUUUUGCUAUGUCAUUUAGAUCCAGCAACUGUAAAUUGGAAACUGGGAUGUGGAGUAGAGACCUCCAAUGCCACUUGCAGGACAAUAAAUCCACACAGCAGUCUUUCAGCAGACACACACACACACACACACAAUGGGCAAUGCACACAAGCACACAACACACAGCCUCGGACACUGAAAAACUAAAUCUGAAUAAAACCAAAGCAACUCAGUCCAGUGGACAUAGCAUCAGACAAAGAAGACACUACUCAGGUGAUUGCAUUCGGGAUUAAGGACUCCAAUUUGCAGCGCUGGUGGCUGUAUUAAUUUGGUUAAAAAACAAAUCUCUCCAGUGGUGACCUUUUAAGUUGAAUGUGUGCCUCAGGACAGCAGCAGCAAGAGCUUCACCGUGACAGCUGGCUAGACAAUGACAUGGCUCUUCAGGAGUUUACAAGGCUUGCUUACCUUCUAAUGAACUGAAAUUAAAGAAGCCAAGGAUUACAACAGCAAGAAACUACUGUGUGCCUAACACUACACCUGGGGGAAAUGAGAUCUCUAAUUAAUUGAAUACAUAUAUAGAACUUGAUUAAAUGCGUAUUGUAUACAUAUUAAAUGGCUGUCUUUAGUA